AUGGCAUCAAAGCCUGUCGUCAGGAGGCCGACCAAGUUCGCCCACGUCGUCCUUCGCACCAAUGCUGACAACUUCCAAAAGAUGGUACAAUUCUACAAGGACUUCCUAGGGGCCAGUGCCGCCUUUGAAAACGAUUUUCUGUCUUUCCUCUCGUACGACGAUGAACACCAUCGCAUUGCCAUCGCUGGCAUUCCGGGAACCGCACCGAGAAAUCCCAAGGCCUGUGGAUUGGAGCAUACGGCCUUCUCUUUCGACACUCUGGAGGACCUCCUCGAAGCCUAUCGACAACGAAAAGAAUUAGGCAUCUUACCAAUAUGGAGCGUCAAUCACGGACCGACGACUAGCAUAUACUACGCCGACCCGGACGGCAACCAGAUUGAGACUCAAGUUGACAACUUCGAGACUUCUGCGGAAGCGACACAGUUUAUGAUGUCCAAGUAUUUCGAAGAGAACCCAAUUGGCACCGACUUCGACCCAGAAGAGAUGAUCGAGAAGCUACGAAACGGGGUCAGUCCCGAGGAAUUGAAGAAACGAGUCGAGAUUGGCCCCCGCGGCAUUCUGAUGCAGUGA